GGACUUAGACCCGAUCGCGAACUUGCAAGGAAAUGGGAUGAUGAUCGUGCGCGCAAACAAGUUCAUAUCCAUGAGCCGACUUACUUUGAUUAUGGAUUCAUACAUGGGUCCGUACAGACUAUCAAUGGGACUAUAACUGGUGGCACGUUCGCUACUGGAUCAUCCAAGUCAGAAAGAGAUCGGGAAAAGGAUUUAAAUAACGAGACUGAAAACUUCUUUCUAAGUCCUUCUGAACGACAAUCAUCCAAUUUGUUUGGGGAAGUAAAACAUGACGUUUCCAAUGAAUCGGACAACGAAGAGGGUGAGAUUGUUCAUCGGAUAGAAAAACAUAAGCGAGAUGAGCCUUCUCGUUGCCUUAAUUGUGAUGCAGAUGUGGCUUUCUGGAUGGCUUAUGAUGCUAUCCCAGAAACUUCGAAGUUGCGGUUGAGUAGUACGGACAGAAUUGUGGAGGACAUUCUCUUUGAAUUCGCCAAAGAUAUGGACUAUGAGCAUCAUGCCCAUUCCUACAUUGUUGACUUUGAUGACGAGGAUAUCAAAGCAUUAUUUGAUGAAGAGGAGUGGAAAGAAUUAACAAAAGAUAAAAUUGGAGUUCCUUCAAUUCCAUGCGACAUUGCAAAAGAGCUAGCGAAAUACGGAAAAAAACGGGAAGAAUACGAUGUCAACAAACAUCACGGACAAGAAUGGAUCCAAAUGGCCAUGCGAACACUUUGCAACCUGUAUGGAAAUGUGGAUGCCCCGUUAAUUAGGAGCCAAUAUGAAGAUUGGUUCACGGUUGCGCUUUUUGGAACGUGCAUCGAUUUCUGUAUUAGGGAACUGGGUACCGACAUUAAAAGAGCUGACGCACCAUCACUAAGUAGUGCAAACAGGAAAAACCGUGGCCGAAAAGCAAAUACGCGUACGCGAAAGCUCAUCAGUCAUAAAAUUGAUGGAAUAAUACAUAUCGUUGACAAACCUCUCGAAGUUGGAGCCAUCGAAGGAGCAAGAUCCUAUUCAGGAGUUUCUGACCAGAAAUAUCUUCUCGAGACAUUUAAGAUGCCGAAGACUCUUCGCGACAUGUAUGCUGAAUUAAUGAGGGCUUUAGAUUAUGAUGAUCAGAAAGCAAAUAAAAUUCAAGUAAUCGGCAUUUUACAUCUUGGGUUAUGGAUCCAAUUCGCUAGGUUGUGUAAGUUUUCAGAAAUGGGGGUAAUAUCCUUUCUCAAGCUUCUCGUAUCAAUUUAUCAACAUAAGAUUAUCAUAAAGGACAACCUACAAAUCCUGAAUAUUUGGAACAACAAUGCUAAUAUUAAGUCAGGAGAUGACUUGUUAAAUGAAUUGUUGGAAUUUGGCCAAUCUUCGUCAUCAUACUCAGUUUCUUCACCACCACGCUCAGUUAAAUUUUUCUCUGAUUCCUUCAAGACCCCAAGGAAGCAAAGAAAAACAAAUCCAGUAAAAAAGAGAAAGUUGAAAUAG